AUGUCGUCGUCUCUCCUCCUCCGCCGCACCGCCGCCGGCGCGCGCGCCUUCUCCACCUCGCCGGCCCGCUCGCUCGCGCGCAUCUCCAUCAUCGGCAACCUGGCCGACACGCCCGAGGUCCAGCAGACGGCCACCGGCCGCGACGUCAUCCGCUACGCCGUCGCCAGCAACAGCGGGCCCAAGGACAACCGCCACACCAGCUGGUUCCGCGUCUCGAGCUUUGUUGCCGAGGGCGGCCGCCGCGACUUCAUGCUCGGCUUGGCAAAGGGAUCCAUGGUCUACGUCGACGGUGAAAUCACUGUCGGCCAGUACCAGGAUGCCAACGGCCAGAACCAGCGCAGCAUCAACAUCGUUCAGCGCUCUCUCGAGGUUCUCAAGCGACCCGCGUCCGCCGAGCAGCAGCAGGAGGGCCAGUAA